AUGAAGGAAUUGAGUAAGGAGGGGUUUCUACCUUAUGAUUUGUCAACAUACGGUAUGAUACCGCACUUUUCAAACUCUUCCUCAAUAAAUCCAUUGAUAAAUCCGUUUGUAUCCUCGAAUAUCCUCAAUUUGCUCCAAAAUGACUCAAAGGAACCACCAGAGAAAGUGUUGUCUCCAGGUCUCACGUUGGCUACUUUUCGACCAAUGCAUAUUUACCAACCAAACGAUCCUAUCAGCGCACUCACUAUACCAGCCUCUACACUCGACUUGAGUCAAGCUAGAAAAAGUAAAAGUAUCGCUGAACAAUCGUCAUCUAUACAGGUCAGUUCAUCAACUUCUGAAAAUGACGUUACAUCUGCGCAACGUAACGUGAUUGUACGGAACGAAACAAUUCGAAAAAAGAAAGAAUUAGUAAAAGAUGAGGCAUACUGGGAACGACGAAGGAAAAACAAUGAUGCUGCAAAGAGGAGUAGAGAUUCUAGACGGCAGAAGGAAGAUGAAAUGGCACAUCGCGCAGCGUCACUAGAACAAGAGAACAUGCAGUUACGAUUUGAGAUUGAACAUCUACGGGCGGAAAUAGAUAAACUUCGAGUUCUAAUUAUGGCACCAACAAUUUUAUCCACUCCACCAAAUAUGAUACCAACUCCGACAGCUGUAGUUUGUACUGCGCAACCUCAGACAUCUUCGAUAACUUCCUUAUCACCGUUACAACGUUCCUCAGCGUUAUCACUGAUAUUCUCCUCCUCAUCAUCUCCACCAAUAUCAACACCUGAGGCUAAUAAGUAG